AUGGUCCUCAAUAUCAAGACCGCCCUUGACGAAUGCGCCGAACAUGUAACGGAUAUCCAGCAUCGUAAUAAUACCUUGAUCGACUACUACAUUUAUCCCAAACCUGUCCCUACCGCAAUCGCUGCCUAUCAACCGAGACUCGCAACUCUUCAACAACGUAUCAAGUUGAUCAAGAAAGUCAACUUCAGUCAGCUAGAACAGCUAGUAAACGACCCUGACGGCUAUGCUGCCCUCCACCUAAGAAGCAUCAUCGCCGAGCUACUCAAUGCCAUAUUAGGCUUCCAAAGUCUCUUCGAAAAACACUAUGACCCCAGUCUCCCCCAACAAGUACGCUACGUACAAGCCUUCAAUGGUCUAAAAUUUAUUGAUCAGCACCUUCAUGAACUGAUCAGUAAACGGCAAUCCAAGCAUAAUCAUCCGCGUGCUGAGCAUCUCCUUGCCCACCACAGUUAUGGUUCCAGCUACCAAUUUUGCCGUGGCGCUAUCCAAGUUCUUAAUGAGGGAGAUCAGGGCCUUAUCGCCAAUGUCUCAGACAACGAUCUUCUUCCUUCUAACCGCUAUACCCUAGCCUCCAAAGGGGGUGCUUACCUUUGGUGGACCUGCUCUUCUCCAUCCUGCGCCUUUAGAUUGCGCUUCCAUGUACUCGGGUCACAGGAGUCGUCUAUCCACCACAACUUGGAGACUCGUACCCAUCCUUGCGUGAAUUUGGAGUACCGUUCCAUUUUCCUCGUCAAGUCGCAUUUACAUAUCUCUUCUUACGACUGUGUGGGGGUCAUCAAAUACGGCUGUCUCUUCUGCUUUGCAGAGGGACGACCUCUGCAAGGCGAGGUCACAGCGUUUAGUACAGGGCGGGCACUGGCAACGCACCUUAGUGUUUCGCACCGAAGUGGCAACUUGCCGCCAGCGAUGCUCUUGGAGAAAUUUAAGGUUGCAGUUGGUGGGCAGUGUCCCAUGGGGGUAAGCAGGUGGGAUGCUAACAUUUUGAGGAAUUGA